CUCGCGCGCCUCAUCGCCUCCUCGCAGUCCGGGCAGCGCGCGCUCGACCUCUUCAACGCCGCCGCGGAGCAGCGCGGGUUCUCGCACACCGCGUCCACCUUCUCCGCGCUCCUCAUCCGCCUCGCGCGCGCCCGCCUCCCGUCCGCCACCACCGCAGUCCUCCGCCGCGCCGCCUCCGCGCCCUGCCGCUUCCUCGAGCCGCACCUCCUGCCGCUCCUCCGCCUCCUCCCGCCCGACCACGCCCUCGCGCUCCUCCGCCUCCUGCCGUCGCUCCUCCACCGCCGCCGCGUCUCGCACAAGGCCCUCGCCGUCUGCCUCGACCGCCUCGUCUCCUCCCGCUGCCCCGACGUCCUCGCCGACCUCAUAGCCGACCUGCGCGACCCCCGGAACAAGUACCUCCCCGCUCCCAACACCUGCGUCUACAACAUCCUCAUCAAGCACUACAUCAAGAACGGCGACUCCGAGACCGCCUUCAGGGUGCUCGAUGAAAUGCGUGAGUACACCUGCGGCGAUGUGAGGCCAAACCUGGUCACCUAUUCGACAUUGUUGGGUGGGCUCUGUCGUGCUGGUAAGAUGAAGGAAGCGUUUGAGCUAUUCGAGGGGAUGAUCGAGAAAGACCACAUCGUGCCGGACCAGCUGACAUACAAUCUGAUCAUCGACGGAUUCUGCCGUCUGGGGCAGGUGGAGAAGGCACGGACAAUCUUUGGAUUUAUGAGGAAGAAUGAGUGUGAGCCAAAUGCUUUCAACUACGCAACUCUUAUAAAUGGACACUGCAAGAAAGGGGAAGUGGAGGAUGCAAAGCUGGUGUUCGAGGAGAUGAGGACUGCUGGGGUGGAACCAGACGCCGUCAGCUACACGGCAUUGAUCGGGUGCCUUUGUAGACAUGGGACUGUCGAUGAGGGGAUCAAUCUUCUGAUGGAGAUGAGGGAGAAGGGAUGCAAGGCUGAUGUUGUCACAUACAAUCUGCUGCUUGAAGGGCUGUGCAAAGAUGGGCGGAUGGCAGAAGUGAUGGACUUGCUUGGGAGGUUGCCAGAGGAAGGAGUUCAGUUGAACGUCGCAAGCUAUCGGAUUGUGAUGAAUACUCUGUGCUCAAGUGGAGAUAUGGAGAAGGCCGUUGGCUUGCUGGGAUUAAUGCUCAGAAGAGGGUUUUUGCCGCACUAUGCAGCCUCAAACAAACUUUUGAACGGUCUGUGCGAUGUUGGGCGAGUGGCAGAUGCGACAGCUGCAUUGUAUGGAUUGGCCAAAUUUGGGUUCAUGCCAGAGGCUAGUUGUUGGGCAAAGCUGAUUGAGGCUGUGUGCCGGGACAGAAAACUUAGGAGAUCUGUUGAGCUUCUGGAUGUCUUAAUUACGGGAGGGUGAACAAGUUACCUCAGUGCAGCAUGGGUUACUUUGGCCGAUUUUUUACCUGAAGUAGGAUACAAAUCAGGUAUGAAGAUCGCUCGAAAACGGAGUGAUGGCACAUUGAAGGGAUCACUUUCACAUAAGAUGAUCAGGCUUGACCCCAAAUGGCGAACAAGAUGCAGUCCAGGAAAUAACUCAAAAGGGUCGUUUGAUCUGCAACAGGACCUUGCGUACAAUCAAACUUGGACAAGGACGGCAACCUGAGCCAAUUUGCGAUACAUCCACAACCAUUCAUUCUGAUUUGGGGAGGGGGGCAUUUGAGGGUGGGCACAGGACAUUGACUACUUUGAUGUUUUCGUGCCCGUAGUAAAAAUAAUUUGCAUCAUCUCUGGCCGAGGAGACCGAAGAUGCAAAAACCAUGUGGAAGACUGGUGCUCAUUCCCCGUAUUCGUUGGUGCGUUUUUUCUACUAUUUUUGAAGACAUUUAGCUGACUUGCUGUUCACCGAUGUUCAGAUCACCGAAACCAAUGUCAUGAAUUGCAUCCACUGUAUCUCACUCGUGCUAAAUGUUCUUGUGCUAUCAUUCUCUGCACUCUUCAGCCAAAAUGUUCUCAUCCAUAUAUAUGAUUGUAGUUUUUUGCUUCAGUACAUGUUUUUGUUUUUGUUGUAAAUGCCGGUUAUGAGGCAGAUAAUUAUGUGUAAGAUGGAUAAAUUUUCCUUGGUUGGCUUCA